AUGGCAAUUAAACUGUGUGCAUUCAUUGCAGAGCACAACCUGCCACUUUCUCUCGCAGAUGAUUUAGUGAAAUUUAUUCGAUCGCUCUUUCCGCUUAACCAGACUUUAAGAAAUGUAAUGCUUGGUAAACAAAAAGCGACAAACGUUGUCCGACAAGUUCUCGGUUUCGACUAUUUACAUGAAGCAAUUUCAGCGUUGCGAUCCCAUAGUUACAGCUUGAUAAUCGACGAAACAACGGACUUGAGCACCGCAAAACAACUUGCUGUAUUAACCACUUACUUUGACAUGCAAAGUUUUGAGUACAAGUCGUGUUUGCUUGACAUGCCAGAAAUUGUAGAUGGAACGGCCGAAGGAAUUUAUUCGGCUGUAAAGCAUGUGUUUGCCGAACUGCACAUUCCUAUGGAAAAAAUGAUUGGCUACUCAUCCGAUACGACCAAUGUUAUGUUUGGAGAUUUCAACUCCGUCUCUCAGCUCUUAAUGUCAGAGUACCCAAACGUUUAUUCUGUUAAAUGUUCAUGCAACUUAAUUCAUUUGGUAUCGUCUUAUGCCGCUCUGAAAUUGCCAAAAGGAUUAGAAGAUUUUUGGAUCGCGACAUAUAUAACCACUUUCAUCGCUCAUCCAAGAGACAAGGAGUCUACCAGCAGUUCCAGAAAUUCUAUGACGCAGAGCCCCGUAAACUGCUCUCGCCCGGGCAAACUCGCUGGCUUUCAUUAG